UGCUGCUCCACACUUGGCUCUGCUAAAGCUGUGCAAAGUAGCUGGAAGCUGAUCAGUUUGGAAGUGCGAGUCAUGGCCACCACAGCUUCGGCUCAUUACAUUCCGAGGAAUAACUCGCUCCACUCGAACUCUUUGGUGCAUCCGGACUCUGAUAGGAUGCAUCCAGGAACUACCUACAGAGAAGUCCAGAAAAUGGUGCAAAGUGACUACUUGCAUGGACUGAGCAGCAAUGGGCACCCCAUCACUCACAGCCAUCAGUGGCUGUCUUCUAUCACUGACGGGGCACCUUGGGUCACCGCUUCUCACCUCGGACAGCAAGAUCCAGGAAAGGCCAGUGUGCAAACAGCGAGGGAUGACCUCGGGAACAGCCUUCACCACCGACCACACCACAUGGUGCACCAACAGACUCAUGGCAACCAUCCCGGAGGGGCAUGGGGACCGACGGCGGCACAUCACCUCCCGGGGAUACCAUCUUCCUCCAAUGGGCACCAACCCCUCAUCUACUCGCAGCCAGGUUUCACCAGCCUCAACAGCAUGCUGAGCCCCCCCAACCCGUCCCUGCACCAUGGCAUGACGGAUGCCCUCCAUGAAGAUUCAGGUGGUCAUGACAACCACCAGGAGCAUCCUCCGCAGCACCACCAGGACCACUCGGAUGAAGAUGCGCCCACUUCAGAUGACCUGGAGCACUUUGCAAAGCAGUUCAAACAAAGGCGGAUCAAACUGGGCUUCACCCAGGCGGACGUUGGCUUGGCCCUCGGCACUCUCUACGGCAACGUCUUCUCCCAGACCACCAUCUGCAGGUUUGAAGCCUUGCAGCUCAGUUUCAAAAACAUGUGUAAACUGAAGCCCCUCCUGAACAAGUGGCUGGAGGAGACUGACUCGACCUCAGGGAGCCCCACCAGCAUAGACAAGAUAGCUGCCCAGGGGAGGAAGAGAAAGAAGAGGACGUCCAUUGAGAUUGGAGUGAAGGGGGCUUUGGAGAACCACUUCUUAAAGUGCCCCAAGCCAUCAGCUCAUGAGAUCAGCAGCUUGGCUGACAGUCUGCAGUUAGAAAAAGAGGUGGUCAGAGUUUGGUUUUGUAACAGAAGACAAAAAGAAAAGAGAAUGACCCCAGCCGGAAUCCCUGGCCACCCAGGCAUGGAGGAUGUAUAUUCACAAAGGGACACUCCUCCGCUUCAUCACACACUGCAGACCCCAGUUCAAUGACUGCUCCACACACCCCACAUCCCGUCAAGAAACAAAAAGACUAAAAAAGAUAUAAACUGGAUUUUACAAAGCAAAAAAAAACAAACUGAAAAGGGAUCUAGCCAGUGUGCUGCAGAGAUUGCUUAUUUAGCACUGGACUGUACUCAUACUUAGGAGAGAGGGAGAACACACAUUUCAUGCAUUAUUGUGGUAAAUCAAGUGGUUAUUUUCCCCUGCUGUAGAGCAAAGAUUAUUUUUUGUUUUCGUAACUAAAUUACACGGAUAAUUUGCGAAAGUUGUAACAAAAAAAAAUGUGUUGUUGGCUGGAUUGUGUCCGGGGUUUCUUAUUAAAGCAGCGGUUCCCCUGAAAGGGUGAGAAUUGAGUUGAGUUUAAUCAGAAAGUAAGAUGGCCAUCGACUUGUCCGCAUACAGCCGCUGGUGUGUUAAAUAAGGGAGUCUGCUGUUGGGAAAAGCUUGUAUUUAUUAUCUCGAACAGAUCAGCCACGAAUUUUGUAAAAGAUUUAUUUAUAUAUAGUUCGCCCUCAGAGGAUGUGUCUUGUAAGUUAUUGGCGCCGGCAGUUCAAUCCUUUUGCCUCGUAACUCUGCGAUGUUAAAUAAAAAUCCAAACCGAUUCACUGGGAAGAUGGUCUAGCAUUCCAGAUAAAUCGAAACGAUUUACAGAUAUCAGUUGGCAUUAACCGUACAUAUACUUGGGAAAUCUUUCCCAAAUUUUAUGGUCACUUCAAUCCGUAAGUUGGUGAAAACUGCAGAGAGAAGGCAAUAAGAUUGAAGUUUGAAAUCUGCAAUGCCGGUUCUUAUUAUCUUUUUUUAAAAAAAUACAAAAUUAGACAAGUUGAACUGAAUUUGCGAAACCAAGGGAACUAACAUUGCGCCAGCUGACAACUUUUUAAAAUGUAUCUUUAAAUUUUAGGAUCAAGCGGAAACAUGCGAAGGAAAAUAAUUUUAAAUUUAGAUGGGUCCAAAAAUGGACUUUCGUUUAGUUUACCUGAUUGAAAAGCAAAGCAACUUUAAAGCAGAAAUGCUGGACCUUUUUGUUGUUGUGGAAAUGCACUUGAACUGAGAGAUGAUGACGCAUUGUAAAUCCAUUUCGUCUGUUAAGUUUCUUUUGACAGGAAAAUAAUUUAACUUUGAUUUUUCUGUGUAUACAAAAGCGUUAAUAUAACAGAGAAAUUUGUGCAGCAGAGUUACGAUGUUAUUUACCAGCUCUCAACUCUCAUGGGACGUGAAUAAACACCACCCACCUACCCCCCACCCCCCAAAAAAAAUCUCAGGAAUUAAAAGAGCAGGUUAACACAAAACGCCUCACUCCUUGAGUCGCGUUUCUAUUUUCUGCCCAGAUGCUUGAGCAGGAGCAAAAGAUGCAUUUAAGUGAAAUCGUUACCGUUGCAAGUAGUGAUUUUGCUAUUAAUUUGCCAGUUGACGUGAGGGACAAAUAUGUUGGGGUUCUCCUGCCAAACAAUCCUUGUUUCAUUUUAAUCCGAAUUUAUCCACAAUAGUUGAAGAUUACUACUUCAUCAACACCCAAGAUACUGACCUUGUAUAUUUCCUCUUAAAAUUGAAACACAUAGACAAAAGUUGCCAAAAUAAAGUGUACAUUAUAUGUGUUAGAAUGUUUACAGUUCAUCUAAAGAAAGGUUAAAAAAGGUCAAAUUUGGUGAAUUAAACAGUACUUAGGACAUCAAGCAGUGAAAAAAGUGGCUUGUUUAGUAAUUGGAAAAAAAUAAUUGUCUGCUUUUUUACUGUACCACUAUGUAAUAUGUAAAUAUGUUGAAUAUGUAUACAUAUGUAUUUGUUUUUUGGAAUUUAAUGAUUUUUCUGGAUGAUUUUUUUUGUACGCUUACUAAUUCCCAGAGGAUAUUUUAAUAUAAUUUCCAUGUGAAUUUCCCCCCUUGUAUUUAUUGCAUAAACAUAUUUGAAACUUUCUUUUAUCCUGUAGCUCUCAUUGGGGUUAUGUUACAGCCGUUCAAACAAUGUUUGUUUUAGUACAUUUUUGUUGUACCUUAUAAAAGACAGACUGCAGAGUCACAUUAAUAUUUUUGUUAUAGUAAUAUUUUAUUACUUGCAUAAAAUGUAUACACCAAGACCCAACUGUCCCCUAUCUCCUUUCUAAGAGGUCAGGGAGUGUUUGAAACCAUGCUGGGUUUUGCUUGUUAAUCCUUUCUGCUGUUGCCUGAAUUGAGUGUCACUUUAGCAAAAAGAAAACACAGUGGCAAGAAAUCAUUAAAAGUGAUGUAAGGUCAAAAUUC